AUGUCAAAACGCACAACCUUCACCACAAUUUCCCCUCUACCCCCCGGCAUAACCCGCGAUGCCGUCCUCGACUUCCUCCACAACCACCUCGAGAUGAUCGACCUCAACCCCCUCAUCAAAGAACGCCACCUCAUCCCUCCUCCGCCCAACACACCCCCCGAAGAGCACGCCUGCGCCUGGUACUCCCUCACCGACGAAAUCUCCUACCUACCCGGCGGGCUAGCCACGGGAAACGUCAGCUACACCUGCUGCUUCCACGACCUGCCCACCGGCCUACAGACCCACUGCUACGCGCCCAUGGGCCUCGAGAUCCGCGACAAGUGGACCGUCGCCGGCUCCCUGCCGGGCGAACCCGUCGAGCCCGUCGAGCUCGGCAUCGGCGCCCCGCUUACGGGGCUCUAUAUCCGCGAGGACGUCGAUAUGCGCUGCAACGUCUUCACCUCGUCGUUUGUCAAGAAGACGCUCAAGAAGAGCCAUGGCUUGCUGGUCGACCGCUUAAAGACAAAGGUCCACCGCACCGUCGUCGUCGCCGCCGCGCAUCAGCGGCACGGCAGUCAAAACUCACUACCGGGGUCCGUUCGGUCCGGUUCCAGCGGGCACAGCGCAACGCAGCUGCAGCAUCAACAAAUGUACCCGAACCCGGCUUACACGAGUAGCAACGCCCUCGGCAACCAGAUCAGUCUUCCAUAUAGGCCAUCAUAUCCCAACAACAACAACAACAACAACAACAGCAACAGCAACAACCCCGUAACCGCACCAACACCAGCACCGACGCCCCCAGCCAGCGACGGCUCCCAAUCCUCACAAAACGCGUACCCGGAACCCCUCCGGGUCCGCCGCACCACCCAAACCGGCGCGACGUCUCAACAAUAUCAACAUCAGCAGAAGCCGUCGUGGCCGGAUAUCAAAUCGCAGCCGUCCAACACCAACGGUUACGCCCAGAACAGUGGCGCGACUCUGCAGGGGCCCUUUGUUGCUGAGCUGGAGUGA